CAAGAGGCGCGGCGGGGCUGCGAGCUGGCGCUGCAGGCGCGGUGACGAUCUCGUCGUUGUCGUCGGCGCCCGGCCACGGGAGGCCGGCCCCGCGCGGGGGCAGGCGGUCGCUGCCUCAGGCGGAGGCGGAGGUGCGGCGUGGGGUGGGGGCCGCCGCCUUCGCAGGCGCCCGGGCCAGCCCGCGCCUCUGCAGCGUGCUCCAUGCAUCCGGAGCCCGCCCCGCCCCCGAGCAGCAACAGCCCCGAGCUUCCCCUCAGCGGCGGCGGCGGCAGCAACAGCGGCAGCCGCCGGAGCCGGCGCCGCAGCGGGGACGGGGAGCCCCCGGGGUCGUCACCGCCGCCGCCGCCGCCGCCGCCGCCUCCUCCUCCUCCUCCUCCUCCUGCAGUCACCUACCCGGACUGGAUCGGCCAGAGUUACUCCGAGGUGAUGAGCCUCAACGAGCACUCGAUGCAGGCGCUGUCCUGGCGCAAGCUCUACUUGAGCCGCGCCAAGCUCAAAGCCUCCAGCCGGACCUCGGCUCUUCUCUCUGGCUUCGCUAUGGUGGCGAUGGUGGAGGUGCAGCUGGAUGCUGACCACGACUACCCGCCCGGGCUGCUCAUCGCCUUCAGCGCCUGCACCACGGUCCUGGUGGCCGUGCACCUGUUUGCGCUCAUGAUCAGCACCUGCAUCCUGCCCAACAUCGAGGCGGUGAGCAACGUGCACAACCUCAACUCAGUCAAGGAGUCGCCGCACGAGCGCAUGCACCGCCACAUCGAGCUGGCCUGGGCCUUCUCCACUGUCAUAGGCACGCUGCUUUUCCUGGCCGAGGUCGUGCUGCUCUGCUGGGUCAAGUUCUUGCCCCUCAAGAAGCAGCCGGGCCAGACGCGGCCCACCAGCAAGCCCCCAGCUGACGGGGCAGCUGCCAACGUCAGCAGCAGCGGCAUCACCCCGGGCCAGGCCGCAGCCAUCGCCUCGACCACCAUCAUGGUCCCCUUCGGCCUGGUCUUUAUCGUCUUUGCUGUCCACUUCUACCGCUCACUGGUCAGCCAUAAGACGGACCGACAGUUCCAGGAGCUAAACGAGCUGGCCGAGUUCGCCCGCUUGCAGGACCAGCUGGACCACAGAGGGGACCACCCCCUGACGCCCGGCAGCCACUAUGCCUAAGCCCUCCCAAGUGUGGGUACUUCAAAGCUUUGGCCUUACGCCCUUCCCCACGACCUUGUCCUGCACCAGCCUCAAGGACAGCCUGCACACGGGGCUGGGUUUUCAUCAGAGGGCAGAGUGGAGGGAAGAGGCUUCAUUUUUUAAGAGAAAUUACUGCACUUUGAAACUUUCCUCUAAGAGAAUAAGCACUUCCUGUUCUUCCAGCUCCAGGUUCACCUCCUGUGAGGAGGCCACCGGUGGGAGCCAGAACGGGGACAAACACUCCCUUUGUCCCUCCUCCUCCCCCGUGCCAGUGCCACCUGGAUGCCUCCUGUCCUUUCCAUCUUGACCCCUCCCUCCCCGUUCAGCAUCGAGUGUGUGCGUGCGUGUGUGUGUGUGAACACAUAAAUAUACUCACAAGGGACGCCUCCU